ACCCCUAAAAUAGUUGAGAGAAAUCGAUUUGUGUCGAUAGAAAUGGUUGCCAUUGUCACCCUCAAAGCGCUGACCGCUAUAUUUCUCGUCAUUGCAAUUAGAGUGGAUGGGCAAUGCACUCUGAGCAAUCUUGAAGUGCACCAAUACGAUACAGGAAGACCCUAUCAGGGUACAAGUUUGUUUGCUGUGACCAUCAUCAAUAGAUGCACUCCACUGUGCGAUCAAAGCAAUGUGAAGUUAAACUGCACUGGAUUUAAGACCGUGAAACCCAUAGACCCUUCAAUUUUGAAUGUCUCUGGUGAUGUUUGUAUUGUCAAGAAUGGCCAACCUAUCACUAUCGAUGAUCCUGUGAUCUUCCACUAUGCUUAUGACUACUCAUUCAAUCUGAACCCAAUUUCAUCUGACAUCCAUUGUCAUUAAUCUGCUCACUAUGUAUACUCUAAACAGUAAAUAAAAGAGGCACAGUUUUGCAAACCCCCAUUUUA